AUGUGCUGCUACAAGCCUCUACCACGACCAUCGCUGUGGUACAUACUUAUACACGCCACCCUUACGCCCUCGAACCCUCAGCUCUACACGGUGAAGCUAAGCGUCGCCAGGAGCUUUGUGCUUGCAGCAGACAUGUUCAACAGCGUCUCACUACUACGGUACCAGGAAGAAGAGAAGACAUUCUCCCUCAUCACACGAGACUUCUCCAAAAUACCACUGUUCACCUCUGCGUAUGUGGUGGAUGAUACAACGCUAGCGGCGAUGGUCACAGAUAUGGACGGCAAUGUGCAGGUGUUCGGCUAUGCUCCGGAUGGUAGGUGUUCGUAG